UUGUUUGUCCUUUUUCAAAUAAAACAUAAAACAUCAUCAUCAUCGUCAUUAUCAUUAUAAUUGUUUGCAUUUAUCAAGAACGAUUAAUUGCAAUUUAAUCAUUAUGAUGAUGAUCAUGAUGAUGAUUAUCCCUGCUCCCCAGAAGAAGAAGAAAAAACGUUUUAUUUUAUUGUAAGUAUUCAGUAAGCAGCAAAGAACAUUUUUCGCUGGUCACAUAUUAUCUUAUCACAUGCUUUCCCCACUGAUGUUUUUUUUAUUAUUCCAGCUAUUUUCACAAACAACAAAGAUCAGAUGAUGAUGACCAAUUAGUGAUGGGUCGCGACCAGAAAAUAAAUUUGCUCAUAAACCAUUGACAUUUUGAUAUUGAAAGAAGCAUUUUUUUUUCUUACCACAUCUUCACCAUUGUUGACGGUGAUUUGCUGUAUCGUUCAUAAUAAUAAUGGAAAGACGAAAACGAAGAAGGGUAGAAUUUUGAUGACCAAAUUUCAUGGUCGCUCAACCGUAUACAAAGACAAUCACACACGACAUGCAAGUGUGGUCGACCACCGGUAGUAAAAUGAAAUUGAACAUUGCCAUAAUGUAUAAACAAUCGUUUCUAAUAAAUGAUCUAUAUGUUUACAUUGAGCACAACAACAACCACCACCAUCAUAAUCAUCAUCAUCGUCAUCAUCUAUACACAAUGUAUCAUGAUCACUAUGAAAAUGAGCAAAUCUAAUCAAGCUAGGAAAAGGAAUAAAUUUAUCCAAAUAUAAUUGAUUCAUUGCUGCAUCUCUCAUCUCUCACAUGACAAUGAAUGGGAUAUUAAUGAAAUUAUUGAGCCUGUCCAUACGAAGGAGGACAUGGAAUGAUGAUAAAAGAAGCAAUUAUUAUUAUUCACUGUCAAUCAUGAUCAUUUUGGCCAAUUUAUUCGUCUUCACUUACGGUCGAAUCACGUUUGACAAGAUGACUAACCGUGACUAUCCGGGAACAAUCUACUACACAAUACGCAAUGUCUCCCUUUACGAAUGUCUUGGAUGGUGUCGUGAUGAAGAUGAUUGUACGGCAGCUGCAUUCAGUUUUGUUGUGAAUCCAUUGACGCCAAUACAGGAGACAACGUGUCUUUUACAGAACGAAACAUUAGCCAAGAAACCGGUAUCCGUAUCCGGUAAUAAUAAUCUUCAACAGCAACCAAGUGGUUCAUAUUCAAGUACAUCACUGCAGAAAGCUGUCAACAUGUAUUUCUUUACCAAAAUGCAAUUACGUUCCGACAAUCUUUGUAAUCGUCUGUGGUCAUUUGAAAGAUUUCCCAAUAAAAUGAUGCGUGGCCUAGACAAUGCAAUCAUCUAUACAUCGAAUCGUGAAGCCUGUCUAUCCGCUUGUCUUAGUGAGGGUCGUUUUGUUUGCCGUUCGGUAGAAUUCAAUUAUCUGACAUUACAAUGUCAUCUAAGUGAAUAUGAUCGUCGUAGUCCGAUUGGAUUCCCACAAGAUCUGGUCGAUGUGCAAGGAAUCGAUUAUUUUGAAAACUCUUGUCUACGAUCCGAACAAGUAUGUCCAGAUCAACGUAUCUAUGAUUACGCCAAAGUUGGAAUGGCAUUCAAUAAGGUUGCUCAUUAUGUUGAAUUAAAUUAUUAUCCAGAUAAAGAACUACUGGUUAAAUCACAAGGAGGAUGUCUUCGAGCCUGUACAAUUGAAAACGAAUUCAUAUGUCGUUCUGUGCUUUAUCGGCCAAGUUUCAAACCUGGCCAACCGAAUUGUGCCCUUUAUCAUCUUGAUCAUAAAACAUUUCCCGAUGGUUUAGAUACGUUCGCCACUCCUAGUCCGAUACCAUUGUUGGAUAGUGGUGAUUCUAGUGCCACUUAUUUCGAAGCUGGAUGUGCAAAUGAUACAAAUAAUAAAAAUGUACAACAACAGCAAUCAUCUAUGACGACCACAUCGAUGGCAUCAUCUUCAAUGAGCAGUACGAAUGGCAAACCAUCUGUCAUAUCGACGAUAGCAACAUUACCGCCCACCAUAUCAACAAUUUCAAAUGUUCCCAUCGUACAGGAAGGAUCUGAACCAUCCUGUGAUUCGUAUGGUGUUUGCUAUGAUGUGGCAUUGAAAUGUACGGACACGAAAAUCGUUGUGAACGUACAGACAAGUCGACCAUUUCAUGGCCGUAUCUAUGCAUUAGGUCGCAGUGAAACUUGUAAUCUAAAUGUUCGUAAUAGUCAGCAAUUCACACUGGACAUUUCAUUGGGUGGCCAAGAUUGUAAUACACAAUCGUUGGGUGGAAUGUACACGAACACUGUGGUACUACAACACCAUAAUGUUGUUCUCACCAAAGCGGAUAAAGUCUAUCAUGUACGAUGUACAUAUGAAACGACAUCCAGAAAUGUUACAUUCGGAAUGAUGCCAGUCAGAGAUCCUGAUACAUUGCAAAUCACUUCGGCACCAGAAGCUCCAUUGCCAAAGAUUACCAUUUUCGGCAGUGAUGGUCGUGAAGCAUCGACCGUUCGCAUUGGUGAUCGACUUUCGUUCCGUAUCGAAAUACCGGAAAGCACACCCUAUGGAAUAUUUGCUCGAAGUUGUGUGGCAAUGGCUAAAGAUUCACGAAGUACAUUCGAAAUCAUCGAUGAGCAUGGUUGUCCUGUGGAUAACUCGAUUUUCCCAAGUUUUUAUCAAAUUGGUAAUGCAUUGGAAAGCACCUAUGAAGCGUUCAGAUUCACUGAAUCGUAUGGCGUCAUAUUCCAAUGCAAUGUCAAAUAUUGUAUUGGAAAAUGUGAACCAGUCAUCUGUGGUGUGGGCCGAGAUAAUGUUGAAUCAUGGGGAAGAAGACGCCGUUCAGUUUCCUUAUCCAAUCAGGACACCGAUGAUGAAAUGACUCUAAGUAAAGAAAUUCUUGUUCUCGAUGUCAACGAAAAUCUCAAUCCAAUGAACAACACGACCGUAUACAAAACCGAUUCUGUCAUGUUGAAUCUACAACAGCAAUGUGCAUCAAGAACAUCAAUCUAUGCAAUGGCAAUAUUGUUUGCCUUUUUGAUUGUCAUGUACAUAUUUACAAUCAUCUAUUUCACACGAAAACGAUGGCAUACACCGGCCCAUCUCAAAUACAUUCGAUAAAUUACUCAAAUCAUUACUUUGAUCAUUUACGUUCGACUCAUUUAGCUCAUUUUCAUCAUCUACAUUUUAACGAGAAAACAACACCAACAAACUCUUAACUUUUUCGUGAUACGAACAAUUUUUUGUCACUUUUUCUCUCCACACACUCAAUGAACAAACAAUCAUGAUUAUUUAUUCAUUCAUUAUUUAUUUAUUAUUGAUUUAUUGAUUUAUUGAUAACCAAUCAAUUAUUUUUUUCAUACAAUUAUUGAAUCGUGGAUUUAAUAAUUUUUUUUUAUUGUAUAAACUUGAUUUGAUCCAAUGGCCGAUUUUUCGUCGUCGGUCUCAUACUUUUUCCCAUCUACUGAAAUGGAAACACUGAUUCACUGAAUAAUUCUUUUGUCAUUCAUAUCAUCAGCCAUAAUUAAUUAAUAAAAAUAUAUAUUGGUUUGGAAUUAUUUAA